AUGGCGGCGACGGCGUCCUGCCGUCCCCCCACCCCCGCCACUAGUGGCGGAUUAAUCGCGAAUCGUUACCGCCGCAUCCGACUCGUCGGCCGCGGCUCGCAAGGAACCGUGUGGGAGUGCGAAGACGUGAUCACCAGCAUCCGAGUCGCGUGUAAGAGCUUCCCCCAUGGAACCGCUUCAGUUAGCGACGCGCGCCUCGGCAUCUGCGCCGAGCUUUGCGGGUUGAAGAUGGUGUCAGGCCAUCCUAACAUAGUGCGGCUCGUCGAGUUCGCUGUAGAUUCCUCUGAGGUUCACAUUAUUAUGGAGCUUGCCCCGGGCGGUGACGAUCUACUGUCGGAGAUCAUGCGGCGCGGUCCGCUCGCCGAGCCGCUCGCCGCAAACGUUUUCCGUCAACUCGCGUCGGCCGUCGCGUUCUGUCACGCAUGCGGCGUAAUGCAUCGCGACGUGAAGCCCGACAACGUGCUGCUCGUGCGAGUGGACCGUUGUUCACAGCAGCGCCCGCCGUCCGCGCCGCCGCCGCUAACUCUUCCGCCGCGAGACGGCGGAAACCACCGCAACGCGCUCCUUGCGCCAGCUGCGCAGCAGCGUCCGCCAUCCCCCCCGUCCCCGCCGCCGCCUCUGACGCUUCCGCCUGCGCCGCACUCCUCCAGUGUCGCUUCUAACAGCUGCUUCGAUAACCCAACACGGGCGAUCAUGUCUGGAAUAGAUAGCCCGGUUUGUUGUAACGAGGCGAACUUCAACAGUCCUGUGGCGAAUCGUGAACCCACGUCUCUCACCCUCCUCCCCGCAAACCACUCCGACCCCGCACGCAACCCGCGCUCCCCCUCCCCCUCCCCUUCUCCCUCCCGUUUUAAUCCCGCCUACUAUUCCGCCCCGUUUCCGAUCGCCUCUUCCGCCCCGCCGGAUCCCGCUUCCCCCGCUCCCCUCGCUGCCGCGAUUUCCCCCGACCGCGGAAUUGUUGGGGUGAAACUAGCCGAUUUCGGCGCAUCGAUUGCGGUCAAGGGCGGGCUUUCUGGGCGUGUUAGAGACCGCGGCGCUGGCACGAGGGGGUAUAAAGCGCCAGAAAUGGGCGGGAAAAGCGGAUACGACAUGAAAGCUGAUGUGUACAGCAUGGGGAUCACGCUGUGCGCGAUGCUGACGGGUCACAUUCCUGACGCCCCAUUGGUCGACUUCUGCUCGCCCAUCUGGAAGGGCGUGUCUUCUGACGCAAGGGAUCUCAUCCGUCGGAUGCUCGAGGACGACCCAGAUCAACGGCUGAGCUCGUUCGAGGUUCUUGAACAUAGGUGGCUGAAUAGAAGCGAGGAAAAGUGGCAGCAACCGCCGCAAUAG